CGAGGGGGUCUCUCGGGAUUUAAGUUACCAAGAAAACAAGACAGAUUAAGACGUGUUUAAAGUGCUUCCUAUUAAAAUAUUAUUUAUUUAUUAUUUAUUAUUUUUUUAGUGAAUAAAGAAUAUAUUCAUUGUGUGUAAAGUGAUAAAUAUUAUAGUGAAAUUGAAAAGUUUAUUUUAAAAAACCAAGUGGUGCAAAAAUGCAAAUAAAAGACAAAAAAGCAAUUGUUACUGGAGCAGCCAGUGGUUUAGGUUUGGCUUUUAGCAAAGAACUUUUACGAAAUGGAGCUGCUACUAUAAUUUUGGUAGAUAUACAAGAAACUGAAGGAAAGGCAAUUGCAGAAAAACUAAAUUCAGAAUUUGGAAAGAAGCGAGCAAUAUUUCUUCAUUGUGACGUCACGAAAAAUUCAGAAUUUGAUGCAACUUUCAAGGAAGCAGUCAAUAUUCUGGGAGGACUGGAUAUUUUGAUAAACAACGCUGGUGUUGUCAAUGAACAAAACUUUGCUAAGGCCGUUGAAGUUAAUGUUACAGCAGUCAUACGAGGAAGUUUAUUAGCAACCCAACAAAUGGGGAAAGACACUGGUGGGAAAGGUGGAGUGAUUGUAAAUGUCUCAUCAAUUGCAGGACUUCAAGCGAUUCCUAAUUGUCCGAUUUAUUCAACAACGAAACAUGCUAUCAUUGGUUUCAGUCGAUCUUUUUCUCAACCUUAUCAUUAUCAACGGACAGGCGUACGAAUAUUAGUUCUUUGUCCUGAACUGACAGACAUUUCUGUGUCUGAAAAUUCAUCAACCAAUGAAAAUUUUCAAUGUCCGGAUCUUAUUGAAAUUGAAAAAAAUAUUCAUCCCCAAAGAGUUGAAAACGUAGCCCAUGGACUAGUUUACGCCAUUAGAUGUGCUCAAAAUGGAAGUAUUUGGGUUAGUGAAGAAGGAAAACCAGUAUAUGAAGUUCAAUUACCAGAUACUUUACCUGCAAAAACUAAAAUUGAAGAUAAUUAAUUUUAAAUAAAUUGCACUAUUUUAAUAUGUGUAUAUGAUUAAAAUAAAAAUAUAAUU